UAUUCAUGUUUGUCGUGAAAUCUCCCACUCUCGCUUUUUCUGUACGUCGCUUUUCAAACUACUUUUAUCAACUUGGGAAGUUUGUACAUAUACUGAUAAUGCUUUGAAAUAGCCGCAAGUUGCUACGAUGAUGUACAUCUGCUUAAAAAAACACAUGCUGGAAAUGUAUGUUUUGCUGCAGGUUUCAAUGGGUUUGCUGGUCUCAAUAUUGGUCAGGGCCAACACUGAGAACAGCUAGACCAGCACUGAAAACAGCAUCAAAACAUAUCUUACUAGCAUGUGAUUUUUUUUUAGCAGGGGUGGCAAUUAAAAAAUAAACAAACACAUGCUUUUUAUUUUUACCAGACAACAUCUCAACAGGUUACCAGCUCCCCAGACCUACCUUCCACACCUACACAUGUAGAAGUUGCAUGUCAGGUAGACAUUAAAGAGACUGUGACAGUAGCCACCAAAACAUCACCAAAUGUGCGAUCAGUGGGUACACAAGUUUCUUUUCGUACUUUGCGGGACAUCCAUGUAAGAAGCAAAGGUAUGUUUUAUUUUAUUAUUUAAAUAUUUGCUGUUGUUUGUUUGUGCAUUCUAAAGUUGUUUGUGUGCCAGGUAUAUUGUGUAUUAAAUAGCAUGAAUAACACAAUUCCCUUUUUUUUAAUAGGUAUUCAGGCGAAAGUGUCUUGUCGUAAUGUUGGCACAGAAACAAUUUCUUUGCCAGAUAUGCAGCUCUCUUCAACACCAAUUAAGGGUUCAAUCUUUAGGCCAAGCAAGCGACCUCGUCUUUUGUUGGAGGAGGAGGAUGACAACAAUGAUGAUGAGGACGAAGAGUCUGAUUUGCAUGUAGAACCACAUGACUCCACUUAUAAUCCGGAAUCUGUUGUCACGGAAGAUUCACAGUCAGUGUUAGAUCCAGAAUCAAACUACAUGGACAACAAAUACAUUGUAUUUGAAAGCUGCCUUAUAGACUUGUUUGGUUCCUGUCCCGUCUGUAAGACAAAGUGUGCCAUCCAAAAAAGACAAAUGGGGACUUUUAUUGCAUUAACACAGCUGUGUGACAAGUGUAACUACCUACGACAGUGGCAGAGCCAGCCCAUAGUAGGUAGUACUCCAGUCGGAAACCUGAUGUUGUCUGCUGCUACAUAUUUCACUGGUGGAUCAUUCAUUCAACUACAGAGGGUUUUCAAGGCCAUGAAUCUUCAAACGAUUCAGUACUCUGCUUUCAGGAACCAUGCCAGAAAUUUUUUAGAACCUGCCAUCAUACACAAGUGGAAUCUAGAGCAACAAAAUAUUUUUACACAGCUAAAAAAAGAGGGAGCGGUUGCAUUAGCAGGAGAUAUGAGAGCUGACACACCAGGACAUUCAGCAAAAUUUGGCAGCUACACAUUGAUGGACAAUGAAACCAACAAAAUUGUCGAUCUUCAACUAAUUCAGAGCAACGAAGUCGGUGGAAGUUAUCACAUGGAAAAAGAGGGAUUAAAACGUUGUCUUGAUAAGCUGGAUGCUAAUGGUUUAGCUGUUGACUACAUAGUCACCGAUCGCCAUCCUCAAAUUCAAAAGUACCUGAGAGAGCGUGGCAUCACCCAGUUCUAUGAUGUGUGGCACUUUGAAAAAGGUUUGUCCAAGAAGCUUGAGAAGCUUUCAAAAAGGAAAGAAUGUGAGGUGCUGAAGAGAUGGUUGAAAAGUAUAAAGAACCAUGUGUACUGGAGUGCGACUUCCUCCGUGUCUGGCCCGGAAAAGGUUGCCAAAUUAACAUCCUUACUGAACCACAUACAAAAUAUACAUGUUCACAAUAACCCGCUGUUUCCAAAGUGUGAACACCCUGAUGUACUUUCAAGAGAUCGCAAAAAAUGGUUCCAACCAGGUUCACAGGCCCUCUAUAAAGUAGAAAAGGUUUUGAACAACAAGAGAGUUGUCAAGGAUGUUGCAAAACUCAGCCACCACUAUCAAACAUCCUCACUUGAGGCAUUUCAUAGUGUGAUUCUGCGUUUCACACCAAAGAAUGUUGUUUUUCCUUUUAUUGGAAUGCUGUGCAGGUUAUAUCUCGCAGCUAUGCACCAGAAUGAAAAUUGUCAACGUGAACAGGCAAUAACUACUACUGGACAGGCUGUGUACAAAUUUGUAUUUCCAAAAACGAAAAGGGGGGAAUGCACAGCAAAACCAGUGAAAACAGAGCCAACAUAUGGCUACGUGAAGGACCUCAUGGUCCUUGUGCUAGAUGAGGUCUGUUUGGAUCCAGCACCAUAUGUGGAAGAGCUGCAGUCCAUUCCGGUUCCACCACCUCUUUCCUCUCAAUUUGAGAAACCCUCAAAAGAGCAUGUUAUUUCACAGCAUGUUUCAAGAUUUAAUCAAGGGGAGGCCGGAACCCAACAUACUGUCCUGCUGCAUUCGGAAACUCCUGGCGUAUCCGGCGCACCACACAUGACGGGAUGACAACCCUCACUUCACGUCCUAGCCAGCCCCAGCACCAGCUAACAAAGCUGCGAUAUGACAGAUAACGGAAACGCCUAUGGCAAUAAAAGGAAACGGAUGUCAGCAUUGCAUAUCAAACCUUGCAAUUGUACAUAUGUGUAUAUAUUUAUUGUUUAUUUAAGUUUUUUUAAACUGGUUUUCAGUGAUUUGUACUUAGUAACUUAAAAUACAUUUAUUAACAUUUAUUAAAAUACAUUUUACAAA